AAAGAAGAACUCUGUUAAGCUCGCCGAUUUUUUUUCCGCAAUCGCUGGGAGCCUGUUUGCCAUCUAUUACCAAAUGCCACUUUUAGCCCAGAGCUUUCCUUACUGGUGGAAAAUUUUAAAUUAAGUGACACUUGCCGCACCUACUUCCAUAAUUAUGCUGUCAAACACAGGAUGGUACUUGUAUAAUGGCUGGUAACUGAGAUUAGGUGAACCAGUCAGAAAACUAGAAAUCUGAGGCUUAGAAUUACAUACAUUUAUGUACAUGUAAAUAAUGGUACAGUUGUUGAACAAAAUUGGUAAUACACCAGGCUGACUUUUGGGAACAUACAUCUCUCUUUAAAUUUAGUUGUAAAUACCAAUUGUGAAUUAUUCUAUACAAUUGUAUUAUACCAACACAGCUUUCCUUUAAUAGCGGAAAAUUAUAAACUAAGCAACACUUGCCACACUUAUUUUCCACAUACGGUCAAACACAGGUAUAAUGACUGGCAAUCGAGACUAUUUGAGCCAAUCAGAAAGCUAGAAUUGCUUUAUCCGAGGCUUAGAAUUACUCAUGUUAGAAAUAAGCCCUUAUGUAGUGUAGUACAGUUGUAGAAUAAAAUAGGUAACACCUCUAGCUAACUGCUGAAAACAUACAUUGUGCAGUAAUUUACAAUUGUUAUUUACAAUGUAAUUGAAGAUGGCAAUUGUAAAUUUACUGUAUAAUUGUAUAAUGUUCAAGCCAUGGAGAUGGUGUUCAGUUGUGUUCUUGGACCAGACAGUUUACUCUCACAGUGCCUCUCUUCACUCAGGUGUAUAAAUGGGUUCUGCCCAAUUACUGUAAAUGCUGGGGGAUAAUCUUUCAAUGGACUAGCAUCCCAUCCAGGGGGGAAGUAGAAAUACCCCUAGUCACUUCAUGCUACUGAAAAAUCGACUUAAAUUUGUCACUUUGUUCAAGUACAUGUAACAUACACUGCAUUGCUUAGUUUUAUUUUGCAAUAAACGUGUCUGAUACCCAUAUCCAUUCGACAGGUGAAUUUUGACAAUGUCAAAGUACCCAUGGAAAAUAUACUUGGAAAUGUCGGCGAUGGUUUUAAGAUUGCCAUGCACAUUCUUAACAACGGAAGAUUUGGAAUGGCUGCUGCUCUGUCUGGGACCAUGAAGGGACUUAUCAUGAAGGCUGCUGACCAUGCUGCUAACAGAGUACAGUUUGGCAGUAAACUGGAGACGUUCGGAGUUAUUCAAGAAAAGUUGGCUCGGAUGGCAAUGUGCCAGUAUGUUACUGAGUCGAUGGCGUAUAUGCUUAGUGCCAACAUGGAUCAGGGAGCCACAGAUUUUCAGCUUGAAGCGGCCAUCAGUAAAAUUUAUGCAUCAGUAAGUUUAACUUGUACUCCAAAAGUACUGGUCAGUUGCUUACGAGUGUCAUGCGGUGACGGAAAAAUAUACAAUUAUACAGUAAAUUUACAAUUGCCAUUGUCAAUUGAUUUGAACAUGCAAUUGUAAAUUAUUGUAAAAUGUAUGUUUCCAGAAGU